AAAAGCAGGUAUACUAUAAGCAUUGUUAACUGUCAGGAAAGGAUGAUUGUCAAAGUGCGAAUCUGCUUGAGUCUGAGAUGCUUUGACCAUAUGCAUAAAAAGAGGAGGGGGGGGGCUUCUUGGUGUUUGUCAUUGGCUUGAACGAGCCAAGACCCCGCCUUGAUAAAAAAAGAGAAGAAAACACACACACACUAGAGUUGCACAUAGUGAGCAAAAAAGAGGCGGGGGGUAGAAAAUAAAGCGGACUUGGACUCGGCUUUUAGUCAACAAGGAGGUGGCGUGUAUUCUAUCGGCACCUUUUAGGCGACCGGGAAAGCAGGAAGGAGAAAAGGGAGAAGAUUCCUUUUUUUCCCCGGAAGGAUUAAUAAAGUGGAAUCUUGAAUUACGGAUGGUGAUGAUGCUACCCGAGCCGUUGACCAUCAAGACGACGACGACAGCGACGUGCGCCUAGAAAAAGUCAACUUGCCCCCCCCUUUUCACAGUUCGUGAAGCUGGACUUGAUUGGUGUGGCGGGAUCCCCAUCAUGAAGGACCCGACCGGAACCCUUGGCUUUUGAUGCUGGCAACUCACCAGUAAGGAGAGAGACUUGGCUGUUUCCCCUGCUGCUGGAUUUGGCUUCAACUCAUGCGAGGCUGCUGUCACGGAAGUUGAACUUUGUACUCCCUGGCAAAAGGUGGUUUCCCAUCCAUAACAACCCCGAUACUGUCUCAGAAGCUCGGCAGGCCUGCUCCCUCUGUUUAUACACCAGUGACACGGCCAAAAGGGAGUGCGCUCUUUUUGGAUUCACAACUUUCUUUGCAAUACUGCAGUCGGCAGGUCUUCUCUCGAUCCAUCGCGAACCGUUCAGUGUGCGUGCCGAGGCGUUAUGCCCCGGGGAGCAGUGCCCACAGUGCACUAGAGGCAUCUGAACCUUGUCAGUGGUCGUAAACCCGAAGCCACCCCGUCGGCCGCCGCCCGUUUUUGCCGAGACAUCCUUUUUGGAGGCCAUGUCUCUCACCGACAAGCACAAAGUAAAGAGGCAGCGGCUGGACCGAAUCUGUGAAGCGGUCCAUUUUGUUUUCCCCGAUGCCUAAUCCGAGCGAGCGGUCGCCUUUCAGCGGGUCUCCGUGCCAGCGGGGUACAUAUUGCUCCGAGGGCCAGAGAGACGGGGCCGUCAGUCGCUGUCAUUACUGUGGGACCAUUCCCGACCUGAGGAAUUCAUUGGCACGAGGCAUAGGUGAAGGUGGAAGUUGCUUUUUGCAAGACUUGGAUCGUAAGACCCAGGUUCCGUUCCUCGGAUCGUCGGCGCGUGAUCCGGUCCACCAACCUGGGCAGCAGCGGUUCACGAGUAAGACCUCUCAGCCGGAUCUCGGCGAUAGCCUUUACCUGAAGCAAGCCAUGUCGGGCCGGGGCGCCGCACCGCCUCACGGCUAUUUUUUUCCGGCCAGCCCAACUGGUCAGCCACCCGAAGACCCGGGCUUUCAUCGGGAUAACCGCCAACCACUCAUGAGAUCAGCCUUGCGCUAUGGGCACGGCGCGAGGGGGUUGAGGCCUCUGUGGGAUCAAACGCAAGCCAGAGCCACACCUUACGUGCAGGCCUCCGGUUCUCUACCUAUCCCCACGCCCCCACCCCCGCCGCCUCCUCCCCUUCCUGUCCAAGAGCUGAGCCGUCUGUACAGGGAAACUCUGGGAUCUAAGAUUAUCUCGGACGCUCAGCGUAUUGCCGGCAGCUCUCCUUAACCCGCAAUCUACGGACCUCAGCCGCAUCUUUCCAAUUACACUGCCGAGCACUCGUCCGCCUGCGCUCACCAACCAAUCAACGAUUUCAGCCGCUUGUCCCUGGAAGCCCGUCAGUCGGCUGCCGCCGAUUUCGCGGUGGACCCGACUUCGCAGGGAAUGGACGGCACUCUACCUCGUGCUUACGGAGCCGUAGCCUCCCAAAGACUUCCUUAUGACCCCAGCUAUGAUCCCAGCGUAGCCAUGAUGGCUUCCGCUGCGGGAAUGUCCGGCGGAUUGCCUCCCCACCACCCUGGCGCCGCGGACCCCAAGAAGAUGGCGGACCCCUCCCUCUUGGCAUUUUUGCGAGCUGAAGGUCUGGCUGAGAGUACCAUCACUCUCCUGCUGCAACAUGGCUUUGAUUCCUUCUCCGUGCUGGCUAUGAUGGAGGACCACGACGUCCGUUCCGUCGCCCCGAACUUGGCGCAGGCCCGCGUUCUUUCCCGCGUCGUGCAGAGUUCCAAGACCGGCGGAACGGCACCGCGUGGCCGAUCCAACAGCUUCAGCCACCGCAACGACUAUUACGUGCAGCCUCAAGGUUUGACCAUGGACGCCGGCCUGAUGCAGCAGCCUCCAACCGCUGUUCAAGCGGCGUCUCCCAGAUUGGGAGAAUUUCUCGGGAGGAGACCCAGCAGCGCUCCGUCCCAACACCUUUUGGAGACCACCGCUUACCCGGCACCGCGCCCCCUGGCGGCUGGAGCUUUACCCAUCAGCCCCGCGGGAUAUAGCCAUGCCGUAAGCCAAGGAAGACCCUUUUCCAUGUACAAUGCCCACACUGGCCUCGCCAUGUCUGCUCUUGGCCAACAGCCCCCACCUGCCCCAGGAACUCCUGGAGCUGCGCCCAAAACCUUCUCGGGCUCUUAUUCCCCCAUCGAGCUGAUGAAAAGAGCCCCCAACUUUCCCCCGGCGUCACCGGUAGCUCCUCCGAGCCCCCUUCACAGCCCGCAACUCCUCCGCAAAGGGAUGAACGCCGCGCCCGAGAGCAACGUCGUCGCCUCGGCUUCCUCCGCUGCUCUCCAAGCGCAAAACCCCAACGCCGCCAAGUUGGUCGGACGCCGCACCGGUCCACCUGUCAUUGUGUCAACCAUGACCACGGCACCUGACACAAGUAUCCGGCCCCAAAUCAUGAACGGGCCCAUGCACCCACGCCCGUUGGUGGCGCUGCUGGAUGGUCGCGACUGCACCGUGGAGAUGCCCAUCCUCAAAGACUUGGCCACCGUCGCCUUUUGCGACGCGCAGUCCACGCAGGAGAUUCACGAGAAGGUGCUGAACGAGGCGGUGGGGGCCAUGAUGUACCACACCAUCACCCUGACCAGGGAGGACCUGGAGAAGUUCAAAGCACUGCGCAUCAUCAUCCGCAUCGGCAGCGGAUACGACAACAUCGACAUUAAAGCCGCCGGAGAGCUCGGCAUCGCCGUGUGCAACAUCCCGUCGGCGGCCGUGGAGGAGACGGCCGACUCCACCCUGUGCCACGUGCUCAAUCUGUACCGGCGGAACACGUGGCUCUACCAGGCUCUCCGGGAGGGCACGCGGGUCCAGAGCGUGGAGCAGAUCCGAGAGGUGGCGUCCGGCGCCGCGCGCAUCCGCGGGGAGACCCUGGGCCUCAUCGGAUUUGGUCGCUCGGGGCAGGCGGUGGCGGUGCGCGCCAAGGUGUUCGGCUUCAACGUGCUGUUCUACGACCCGUACCUGCAGGACGGGCUGGAGCGCUCGCUGGGCGUGCAGCGCGUCUACACGCUGCAGGACCUCCUCUACCAGAGCGACUGCGUCUCCCUGCACUGCAACCUCAACGAGCACAACCACCACCUCAUCAAUGACUUCACCAUCAAACAGAUGCGUCAGGGAGCAUUUCUGGUGAACACAGCCCGGGGGGGCCUAGUGGACGAGAAAGCCCUGGCCCAGGCCCUGAAGGAGGGCCGGAUACGUGGGGCCGCCUUGGACGUCCACGAGACCGAGCCCUUUAGCUUUGCUCAGGGCCCCCUGAAAGACGCGCCCAACCUGAUCUGCACGCCUCACACGGCCUGGUACAGCGAGCAGGCGUCUUUGGAGAUGAGGGAGGCCGCCGCCACCGAGAUCCGAAGAGCCAUCACGGGCCGCAUCCCGGACAGCUUAAGAAACUGCGUCAAUAAGGAGUUCUUCGUCACCGCGGCGCCCUGGGCCGCAAUGGACCAACCGGCCGUUCACCCCGAACUCAACGGCGCCGCCUACAGAUACCCUCCGGGCGUGGUGGGCGUGGCUCCGGGCGGCCUCGCCGGGGCUUUCGAGGGCAUGGUGCCCGGCGCCCACACCCUGACCUCGGGGACGCACCCCUCGCAGGCCCCGUCGCCCAACCAGCCUUCCAAACACGGCGAGCCCAGAGAGCACCUCACCGAGCAAUAGCGGCCAGAAGGGACCACAAGACAACCCCCCACCCCCCCAUCCCUCCUCUUCUCACGAUCAACCGGGACCAAGAGACGGUGCCCCUUUUCUGACAGGUGCCGGUGGAAUUUGUAUUUUUAUUGUAUUGAUUUUUGAGGUAGGAUUGGCGGGCAACCACGGUGGACUUUGGAACAUGCAUCAAGGACCCCCCGCCCCCUCGUUUUUUUUUUUUUUUAAUGCAUUCUCUGGCCCUGAGCCACCAGCCCCCCCACUCCUUAUUCUUGUAAGAACUUAAAAAUCAUAUCUACUACUCCCCAAAAACGGAUCUGAAAACCAAUUAGUCAUUAAUAGGCUGACCAAAUUGAAAAUGGCGCCCUUGAUUGUUGAUUCAUUCCAGUGUGAUACGAAAAAGGUGGCCACAAAGUUAAUGACUCAGGAAUACCCCACCUUUUUGGGGGGGGUGAUUUUUUUUUUUUUUGCAGUUUGUGAGUUCAAGAAAAACUGAAAAAAAACAAAAAACAAGUCACCUCUUCAGCGUUUGACAAGUUUGGCAGUCUCGGGCGAUUGCCGUCAAUGAGUUGGAUGUUCUUCUUCGCGUGGUCCCGCGUGCUUCGCUCCCCCGCACCCCCACGCCAAUUUUCGUUGUCCAGACUCAUCUUGUACUCUUUGUCAAAAGCCAUCACAGCAGUGCGAGGCAGAGCCCGAAAACCCCCAGCAGGUAUGCUUUUGUUUUUUAGCCCAAGUGUUUGCGUUUGUUUCUUGUAUCAGGUGAACAUUUAGCAUUCAGUGCAGUUCGAAUUAAAACAACAACAAAAAAUGACAAUAUUCUCAAA